AUGGACCCUCGUAAUCUGCCUCGUCCUCCGCUCACUGUCCCCCGCAAUUCCUUGAGCACGUCGGCCAACCGUGUUCUAACGUCUUCCUGUUGUGUUGCGUUUACCGGAUUUCGCGAGGACGAUGAAUGGCACGAUGCGCACGAAAACGAUGGCGUAGGACUUCACGCCAACCCCGACGUCGGUGCGGGCCGCAGCGAGCUGGACGUGUAUGAUCGGCUCGCCCAGGAAGCGGGGGUUGUGACGCAGCCCACUUUUAUGAGCACCACCAGCGUGCUUGUUGCGCGCCGCGGGUUCACCAAGAAGCGACUUCUCGCCGCGCAUCGUCGCGUGCCGGUGGUGCUGCCGAGCUGGGUCGAGGACGGCUGCCCGUUGGCGUCGUGGGCGCCACCGGAGAGCCCAUCGAGCCCCGCGGACCCCAACACGGCCCACAGCAUCACCCCUGUUGAUGCCAGUUACGCCGUGCCGUGGCUGCACGGGUACGUCUUUUCCACCACCGGUCUCUCAACGCAAGAGAAAACAGCGAUCGAGGAGGUGUGCGUGGAGCGGCACGGCGCGGUGAUGGAGGCCGCGCUCACCUACCGUUGCGACGCGCUCUUAGUAAGUGCGGAGUGCAUCCGCGAACUGCAGGAGCUGCUGCGACGCGACGCGCUCUCAAGCGAUACAGAUCGCGCCAAGCAACAACUGCGGCAAGGUCGGCUGCGCGCACGAGCAGAAUCCGAAGCAGCCGCAAGGAACUACCAGAACAGCGAAGCCAACCCCGGCAGCGUGCGCGGCGAUGGGAGCUGGCUCACCGACAAGAUGCGCUUCGCCCUGGAGUUUGACAUCCCUGUGGUGGACUACGUGAAGCUGUUCUCGCUUCUACGGUUAGAUCGUCUGCCUUCUCCUACGGUAGGGCUGACCUCCUCUCCCGCCUCUGCCACGACAAGCAGGACGAGCCCAAAGGAGGCGAAGAAAUCGAAAAGGGAGACCGCCGUUGCGGCUGGAUCUGCGUCUGCUGCGGUCGCCUGGCUUCGUGAGGCGGAGGAGGAGGCGCUGAACGGGAAUGAUUUUGACGCAGUGGUGGGCAUCUGCCGUGUCCCCGCUCCGGUUGGAGGGGCAGCGCAGUGGCGCCGUUUGCUGGAGGCGACCGCACCGCCGCUCAGCGAAAGUAGCGACGAGCGAGGGAGGGGCGACGGCGACGGCGACGCAGCGUGCGGUGAAGAUGCGCCGGUAUGUGCAGACGUGCACGACUCGCCGUCCUCCAACUCCUCCGACGCCUCUUCGUCCGCCUCGACGGUGUCGGAUCCAGACGCGUGGGAGGACUUUAUGCAGCACGUGCUGGUGCCAGGGUGGAACGGUGGGGACGCCACCAACCCUCCGCAGCCGCAGCAGCGCAUCGAGGCCUAUCCGGUCGGCGGCCCGACACACAAUAGCGCACCCCAGCCGGCAGACCUCGCGCUCAAUACUGACGACGUGGAUGUGCACCUCGCUUCGGUGGAACCCGCAGCACUGUACGCUUCCGCAGCGGACUACUAUUCCGAAACUGGCGUGCGAAGCGACGUGACACAACUGAUCGGAGUAGACGCGUGUCUGAAUGACGCAAACGCGUCUUGGGAGACAAAGACGGGCAGCGACACCACCAUCACCGCCACCCUCGGCGCAUCGCAGGUGGACCCGUCGCCACGGCUGACCACAAAUGCGCUGCUGCAACGAGAUGCGCCACCACGCUCCUCCGACGCACACGCGACGUCCACCGCGGACGAACUUUCAAACGACGACCCGCUCGGAGGUGAUUUUGGUGCGUGUGUCGCUGCGUACUACGAAGCGCGGCGCCGUGAGCAACCGUCUUCGCACCGCAUGCCCGUGUCAGCCGCACCGUGGCGUGUGCCCUCUCCUCCCUCGCCUUCCACCGCUGGUGCCGAUGCAGAGAACGUCAGCGAUACGCUACCGAUGACCACAGAGGUGUUGGUCGAAUCCUGCGUGUCAGCGGAUCCGCGGCAGACGCCGUCGGUCGCAUCAGCACCUCCUCCAGCCGAGCAGCCAGCAUCGAGUAACGCUCUGGCGCGCUUCACGCUGCCCCUCUUUGUCAUGCAUCCACCCUACCUUACCGUUAGUCUUCUCGGCUGCACAGCCGCCGAGGUGCGACAGGCAAGAGUUUGGUGCGGCAUCUGUCGAUUUCUGCGUUCGCCUGUUCCUACUGUAGAGACGGAUGUGGUGGUGCUGGGGGGCAACGUGCUCCUCCGCAAGAAGUAUGUCGUGCCGUCAACGCACACGACGAGAGGGGGGACGCGGAACGGCGGUGGCGUACGAGCAGCUGCGGCGGCGGCGAUGCUGAACGCAGCGAAGAUGACGUCGCACGGAGGCGCAAAGCGCCGGCAACGUGGGCAACGCGGGACGAAUGGCGAAGACGAGGACGCGGUGUGCAUUCGGUACUGGGAGCUGGACAUGAUGCUGGCGCGCGCGUUGGUCGACACGUGUGGAAUCGCGCUGAGCCGCAUGGCGCCGCUGCGGUGGUUGGAGGAUGCCGCCGCUGCAUCGCAGAAGGCAGCCGCUGCAGCAGCAGCCGCUGGUCCAACCCAUGGGAUGAGUUCCGCGGACGAAACAGCGAACACGGCAGACGACGACACAGUGUCACUCACGAACCGCGAUAGAGCGGAGAUGGAAACCACCACCACGCCUCAGGAGACACUGGCAGACCUUGUAGAGGAACGUCUGGAGGCGGUGCGGAGGGAGCAAGAAGAGCAGCAGCAGCGAUUACUUGCCGCGGAAAGCGCAGAGGCAGAAGUAGAUGCGGAUAGUGACUCUGCUUUUCAUCCCUUUCCGGCUCUGCUGCCCGAGCAGCUGCCGUCGCUGGCGAGUCCUCGCUACUACAUACGGCUGCGUCGUCCCAUCUCCACUUCCAUGGCGGCCACCGCAGAGGGCGGCGUCGAUGCAAAACCAGUGAAGCCCUCCCUAACACGCACAAAGCACCACACGAUUACGGUGGAGGCAGACAGCGCUAACACGAACGUUGAAGCGCAGCAGAAUUUAUUCCUGCAGAAACAGCAGCAGCAAUCUGGUUUGGUUGCGUCGCCGAGCUCUACCGGCAGUUCUUUUUCACCCGUCAGGGCCACUCUGUCGAAGACCAAAACCGACACCGUGGCAAGCUUUGACACAACUCACAUGAGCUUCAGCGGCACCGACAGCAAGCACAACAGCAGUAGUCCGCUGUUGAUGGGAAGUAAUGCGGAGCUGGUCGGGUCUGCAUCGCCCCCCGCCUCUCCUGCGUCCUCAGCUAACGCCCCGAUAAGUGAGCACUCGUACGACGACGACCUUGCGAAUGCGGGUCGUCGCUUUCGUCACCUCAUCGAGCUCUUCGUGGUAAACGGAGACGCUGCGAUCGGCGAGGCGACGCGGAGCGGUAGUGCGGCGGGGCAAGGCGGCGGCAACUGCGAUGCCGCCUGCUCGCGCCGCCGCCACGCUCUGCAGUCCUGCUGCUUCUGCUGCGUAGACGGCGAGUACGCACGGGUGGACUGGGCUGUGCUGCGCGGCCUGGUGCGGUACGGUGGGGGACGAGUGGAGAAAAAAACUGCCGAGGAGUGGGAGAAGCUGCUCACCAAACCAAAGGACCGAAAACAAGCCCCUCUGCCUGCGCAGUCAAGUCUGAGCCAUGCGGGUUCUUCACGGGACGGAAACCCCGACGAUGCUGUUGAUCAGCGUCGCCUUGCUGCUCGGGUUCGCCGCAGCGUCGAGCUCGACAAGCAACAGCGCAAACUGACGCGGCUACUGUUGCGCAUGGAGAUCAACAACACCGACAGCAAGGGUAAUACUGAACUCAGCAGCUCACAUGCAGGCAGCCCGAACGUCGUACUGGAGGAUGCUCGAGACACUGCGUCAACGAACGCGCGGCACAGUGUUGCGACGGACACGGUCGUGCAGCUCAAAAGGAAGCUAGUCAAUGCGGCUCGUGCGUGUCAGCAGUCGCCCACGUUCUGCUUGUUACCGCACAGCUUCCAACGCGCGCCGGCCACCCUCGCAACGGAGCGAGGUGCUGCUGCGACACGCGCUCCAUUGGGCAGCCGCCUGCACGCAUUACGUGGCCUGGCAAGUGUCACGCAGGAUCACAUCCUGGCCUGUCUCGCCGUCGGUCACUGCCUGGACCCGCGCAGCUGUUUUCUCUUUUACACCUCCAUCCCCAGCGCGCCGGAUGUACGCCUCUUUCACGCUCGCACUCCGCAACCCUCACCGCAGCAGUUUUCUACCCCAAACGGUGCGGCCAAAGGCCUGUGCAGCGCAGCGGCGGAGUCGCUUCCGCCUCCUCCGUCUCCUCCGCCAAGCAAGCCGCUACUCUCUACAUGGACGCGGGAGAAACGGUAUUGCAAGCCGGAGUCCGUCGGUGUGUGCGUCACCUUCCUGUGGCGCCUCCCGUCCUCCGACACUCCGUGGGUCAGCGCAGUCGAUACAAGCGAGGCGACACGGCCACGGCCACCACCAGCCGUGCAGCUGGACUCAUCAGCCAGUGCCCACGAUGCAGAAGGUUAUUCCUUUGUGCCAUCUGCGCAGCUUGUGCCGCUCAUCCGGGUGCUUUUACUGGGAUUUCGCAACGCGGUGGAGGCGAUGGGCGGCCACGUCGCCGACGCUUUCUCCUCUGCCUCCGCCACGCACGUUGUUGUCGUCGACGUCGCUUCUAUCUUGUCCAGCUCCCUCGAAGACAUGUACACCGCUGCGGUGACAGGGCCGAGGGACACGCCCGCCAGCACGCCUUCCUUACCCACCGCAGCGAGUGAACAGGAAGGGGGCGAAGGUGCUGACACUUCACAUUGUUAUUGGCCAGCCGAUGCCGUACCGGCGAUGGUGCGCUCUGCAGCUCGACAGGAGGUUUCGCUGGUCCGUCUCGAUUGGCUCGCCAGCUGCGUCAAAUGGGGCUCCUUCAUCGACGAGGCGGCUUUCACUCCACCAAGUGAUCUCCAAGCGUGCGUUGUGGCAUGCCAGCAACAAGUACACAAACCGAAGCAACAGCAGCGUCCCCACGCGUCGCAGCUGCCGUCGAGGAAGCGGAUAAAACACGCGACCGAUCAACAGAAGCCGCUGCUGACGUCGCAGAGUAUUCGAGAUGGCUCCGCCGCACGCGCCGCGGUGGCGCGAAAGCGCAUACGCACGUCGUCACCAGCACCUUCUUCCGCUUCGUUGCGCACGGAGACGGCGACGGCGUCAGAUGCCGGCCAAGUCACGGCGGCAGCGCCACACACUCCACCUCGACCCUGGCCGGCCGCCAAAAAGCACAUGGACGAAGGGCAGCCGCGUCCGUCGCUCUCUUUUCUCUCUGCCCCUCCAACGGACCUUCACGAUGGCAACAAUCGCAGCCGUGCGGUCGGGGAAGGCGACACAGACAGCGGUGUGCACACCCCGGUCAUGCGUCGACUGCCGCCGUCUCCCUCUGCUUCGAACAGCAACAGCAUCGUCGAGCCGUGCACGCCGCCCCCGCGACCACCGGUUCCCAUGAACCGCCUUUCCAAGAAACAUCCCUACGUCCUCCACAUUGACUCCAAGCAGUCCUCGCCCGUUCCCCCCUCCGCCCGCUCCGGCUCGCAUUCCCUGCCUCCACCAUCCGCCGUCAGUCGUCGCAGCGUGUCCGGCAGCACGCAUCGGCAGCGCGCCUCGCCUUCCGCGUCGCAGCACAAUACCUACUCCCUUGCGGAGCAGCAAGACGCGGAGGCCUACGUGACACACCUCGGAACGAUGUUCAACUUCUGCUCUCCGGGAUCUACCCCGCUCCCGUCGUCGUCGUCGGCCCGUCGCGGGCGGCAGCUGUCGAUGUCUGCGGUUCAACAGGCCGACUACACACCGCUGCCGGAAUCGUUUCGCGACCACGUGCUGCACCAGAUGCUCGAUCACCCCGCUUCCUCUCCACAGAACAAUACGCAGCAAGAAAGCACUUCUGCGGAGGCGCCGUUAGAGGUCCUGACGCCACCUCUGACCACACAGAUGUCGGGUGUUCUUUCUACACCGCGACGUCGUACGCUGCGGGCCGUUGCAGCGGCAGCAGCAGCUGCGUCGUCCACCGUCCCACGCGGCUCUCUUGGCAGUCCGGAUCGACGUCGACACCGCGCCGACGGCUUGUCUUCCUCUGAUAGUGCGGCAUGUCCCUUCAACGAGUCUCAGACGACGGAUGAUCAGUAUCAAAGCCACAGAAUUGAAGGAAUAGUAGCAGCAGCAGUGCCAGCGCUCCCGUCUUCGAAUGUCAAGUCGAAAAAGGGAAGCACACCCGUGGACAAUACACGUGUAGUGCCGAUGUUGUUGGGCGGUGGUGGAAGCACCCUCCUCAGCCGAGGCGGAACAGAACUCAAUGGUCACGCGCUCCCAGACUGCGCUAGCAACAGUGACAACGUCUCGUGUGAGAAGGCGGCAAGUCCGGGGCCGAUGAGUCAUGAAGGUGCGAGUACGGCGGUGACCGUUUCUCUGAGAAAUGCAGGCAAUACGAAUCAAACAGAGGAGGAGGAUAGAGGAGUGUGGGUGGCACGUACGCCGUCGUCGCCGUUGUCGUCAUCUGUUGCUGCUGCCGCGGAGGAGGAACAGCCUCUCGCUUCAUCCGACAGCACGCAACGGCAAGAUGUGCUAUGCCGCUUUACGGGCGAAGCUCCGCCGUCGGAGGACGAAACAACUGUUCCGCUUCCCUGUACGGUGGAGGCGGCGGCUCCUCUGACGGAGGUCCAACAAACGGCGCCGUGCUUUUCCUUUUUGGACGACGUCGUGCCCGACUCGCAGUCCUGUGGAAGAGAAGCGGGAGACGGGCGGGAUGGCGUGUUGGUGCCGGUGUCGUUCAUUACAGCGACGGACGGCGCGUAUGCGGCCUACGCUGAUGCGUUAACAGCGGAAGGACAGCGGACGACCGAGGAAGCAAAACAGUCGAAGGUACGGCAUUCCCUUGAACUGGUUGAUGGUGCACCUCCGAUGGUGCUGGCCGCUGAAAGCGAGGAAGAUGGACAUGACAGAGCAGAGCUGGAGGGAAGAGACACCGCGGCCUUCCUCCACGUUGAGAGAGGGGCAAGCCUUCAUGCCGAUGAACUCGGAAGCCGAGGUGGUCGGCCACGCUUGGGGACGUGUAGUGUACCCCGACAGCUCUCCCCCUCCCCGGCGCCGCCUGUUGUACGCCAGACGGAAGAUGCCGUGGUGGACGUGGACGACGACAGCAACGAGGAAGAAGAGGAGCACGACCUGAACGAUAAAGCUGUUGAUCGUAUGAGGAGCAACAGAGCACCGCCUCACGCGUCAUCGACUGUCUCACCAAUGCCGACGGCCUCCCCGUGGCCGACACAUCGGCCUUUGAGCUUGUCGCGUCGCACCUCGCGUUCGCCUGCGCCACCUGCGCAACCCGUCAGCGCACACGACGUUGAUGAACAGCAGAAGAAGAAUAAACUGGCAGCCGCUGCGCCUUCACCGAAGCAGCGGCAGCACAAGCAAAGUGCAAGCGGGGGGCACUCUUGUUGUUUGCGCGUGUACGUGCUGCACGACGUGCCGCUACGCGAGGCGCGCGUGCGACGGUGCCACGAGGCUGUUCAACAGUUUACGCAGGGCAGCAACUCCCCCGCAACGCCCACUAUCCCACGGCCAGAUCACAACGCUCUCCCACUUCAGCACCGUUCAAGGACAAAGGAAGACGUACACUGUGAUCACCAGACGCCUUCCGCAGACUACGACGACGUACCUCCGGUGUGCUUCGUCGCGCGGUGCGAAGAUGCGGAUGUGUGCGUUACACACGAAGUGACGUUGCGGGAGAGCGUGCUUGUCGCCAUCGCCCUCGGUUGCUGGGUCGUGCAACCUGGCUUUCUCGAAUGUGUGGCGGCCGUUUUAGAGGGCUCUUCGCGUAGUCGUAGCAUUCGUAGUCGUCAGCGGGAUGAUGGAUCCGCCUCGACAGACCUUCGCAAGCUGCACCUACUGCCGCAUCCACACGCACGAGCAGCUGCACCACACGCCGCUCCCGCUGCGACGGUGAUGUGCUAUAGUCGGUUGUGUGAGAUGUGUGCGACAUACGAGUGGACGUCUGCAACAGCGGCAGCGACGUCGCCUGCGUUGUCUUCCCCCAUGUACCGCUGUCUCGUACUGCAGUGUCGACGACGGCGUCAAGCUGCACAGGCGCGUCUACUCUGCCGUCGUGAACACAGUGGAGGAACGGUGGCGGCAGCAGCAGCGGCAGCACGGCUGGCAGGCGGUGCAGGCGGACUGGCAAACAUGUUUGAAGACACCUCCUUUCUGUUUUUUUGUGCUGCCUCCUCGGAGUUCGAAGGGACCGCUGAGGCGCAGGCGUCGGCCGCGAAGGGCGGUAGUGAGCGGCUCGGUGCACUUUGCCGCCUUCUGAGGGCCGGAGGAGGUACCGUGCUCUCCGUCGUGCAGGUAGGCGUUUCGCAGAAUGUCACGCAGUGUGGACAGCUUCCGCCAACGUCGGCGUCGUCCUCGUCUGCAUCCGGCCUGCUGCGCUGUUGCUGCACGAGCAGCCGUCUCUGCCGGGCAAUGCGCACGCGGACCGACGCCGCGAUGCGAGUUGAAGUCGCUGCGGCGGACCUGUACCACGAUCUGCUGCUCACUUUGUGUGAUGCCGUGUACCGUCAAGGCAGUCGUGAUAGCGAGGCCGCCGUGGCACUGUCAUGCCCACCCCAUACAAAGAGUCCUCCUCCGUAUCAUGAAGGUGGCAGCAGCCACUGUGUUCAGCAGCACCGGAGAGAAGAGAGCGAAGACGAAUCGUUGAUCGUGUUGCUUGACGCAUCCCUCCUUCACACCACCGGCGCAGGGAAGAUCGGAGAAGAACAAUGCUGUGUGGUGCUGACGCAGCAGGACGGAGCGCUAGCUGCUGCCGAGGGAAGGCUAGCGAAGUCGCAGCAGCCCCAGCAAAGCCGUAGUGCUGAAGCCGAUGCGCGUGAAGGUUCGAGCCACAACGGCCAAUCUGAAGAAUCAUCUUUGCGCAAGAACACAACGGCGCCAGCAACACCGAUAGUUUCCUGUUCCUUUGAGGCGUGGCUUGCGAGCUGGCUGGCAUGCUCAAACAACAGCGGCGCUGCGACGGAAGAAGGUUCGUACUACUCUUCAGCGGCACAGCACGCGAUGCGCUCGCAUCUCAGCGCUUGCUGCUCGCUCGUGUACCACCUCCACAAAAUCAACAGCACGUCAAAGCCGGCCACGGCGCUUUCAUAUGAGGAAGAGGAGGAAGGUAAAGAAUUGCCUACCACGUCUUCGCUUUCUGCUGUGGCGGAAGCCCGAUGGUCGUACACGACGCAUGACAUCUCUUUUGACGUCCCCACCCUCGAAGAGGUGCUGCGCGCCUACCACCGCGACGGUGAAGGAGGAUCUACGUGUUCAUCCCGUGUGGCUGCCGUUGCUCGCGUGUGGCAAGGUAAGGCGAGCAGCGCACGACGGGUGCAGUUCCGAUGUGCCAGCUGGGUUGGCGCCUGCGUGGCCGCGGGUGGGUCAUCGGUGAUGGCCGCUGCCGCCGCAGCCGUAACAGCAACGGCCGAUGCCACACCGCGAGACUCGUUCCACGCGCAGGACGGUGAUGCGUGGAUGCGAGAGUGUGACGCGCUGACACUUUUAGCGGUGCUGCCGUACCUGUAA